AUUACAUUUGUGCUUCAGAUUUUUUUUUUUUUGUUGUUGUACCACCUCCACUCAGCAUUUUUUGCCCAGUUUUUGCUCACAAAGUUCUAUCUCCCUAAAUUGUAUUUGGAAUAAUAGGUCAAGUUACCACUCUCUCAAAAGGACUGCGGAAGGUCGCGAUCGGGCGUACGAUCACAGCACCUAUGGACACCAUGAGCGUCCCGGUAGCAGUUUCGACCGUCAACGGCACUAUGAAACAGACUAUUACCGGGACGCAAGAGAGAGGACUCUUGGCAAUGCUGGAAGUGGGUCUGGUACCGCUGGUGGAAGUGGUACAACCGUGUCGUCAGGCGUCAGUGGAACUAUAGUUGGUCCCGUUUCUGCAAACACGGGCGCUGGUGGAUCAGCAGGGGCGUCUACCGGAGGAAGCGGAGGAUCUACUUCCAGCGGCGUUGGCUUCUACCGCUCCCACAGCAGGAGUCCUUGUCGGUUUGAGGCACCGGAGCCUCGCUAUGAGUCCCGUUCCAGGGAACCGUUUACUUUGGCCAGUGUGGUUCACAGGGACCUUUACCGGGAGGACCGGGGACGACGCGUGGAGAGGUCGUACCGUCACAGUCGCAGCCGAUCUCCACACUCAACACAUUCGCGGAAUCCCUCUCCCCAGAGACUGGUGACUCAGACUACCCGUCUUCCACGCUCCCACAGUGGGUCAGGCUCUCGCAGCCGCUCCUCCAGCUCAGACUCAGUCAGCAGUACCAGCAGCAGUACGAGUGGCAGUGAUUCUAGCAGCAGCUCAAGUGACGACUCUCCGGCCCGUUCGGUUCAGUCUGCUGCUGUCCCUGCCCCCUCAGCUCUUCCGUUAUCCUCCCUGGACAAGGAUGAACCACGUAAAAGCUUUGGCAUCAAGGUCCAAAAUCUUCCUGUGCGCUCUACAGAUACAAGCCUCAAGGACGGUUUGUUCCAUGAAUUCAAAAAACAUGGAAAAGUUACAUCUGUGCAAAUUCACGGCGCAUCAGAGGAGCGCUAUGGACUCGUCUUUUUCCGCCAACCAGAAGACCAAGAGAAAGCGCUCGGCGCCUCCAAGGGGAAGCUUUUUUUCGGAAUGCAAAUUGAUGUCACGGCCUGGAACGGCCCUGAGACAGAAAGCGAAAAUGAAUUUCGACCACUGGAUGAGAGGAUCGAUGAGUUUCAUCCUAAAGCCACACGGACAUUAUUUAUUGGAAACCUGGAAAAAACCACCACUUACCAUGACCUGCUAAACAUCUUUCAACGUUUUGGAGAAAUAGUGGAUAUCGACAUUAAGAAGGUGAAUGGCGCCCCACAGUAUGCUUUUCUGCAAUACUGCGACAUCGCCAGUGUUUGCAAAGCCAUGAAAAAGAUGGAUGGCGAGUAUCUUGGUAACAACAGACUAAAGCUGGGCUUUGGAAAGAGCAUGCCCACAACCUGUGUUUGGUUGGAUGGAUUGGCUUCAAACACAACAGAGCAGUUUCUCACUCGUCAUUUUUGCCGCUAUGGGCAUGUUGUCAAGGUUGUACUUGAUAGAAUGAAAGGAAUGGCCCUUAUCCUCUACAACAACAUUGAAUAUGCCCAGGCAGCCGUCAAAGACACAAAAGGCUGGAAGAUGGGGGGUAACAAAAUUAAGGUGGACUUUGCAAAUCAGGAAAGUCAGAUGGCUUUUUAUCGUUCAAUGCAGGCAUCUGGGCAAGACAUUCGAGAGUUUUAUGAGUUUCUUUCUGAAAGAAGAGAUGAUCGGCGAGGCCAAUACGAGUUUCAAACAGAAAGACAAUACUACGAGAACGUUCGAACACCUGGAACCUAUAGUGAUGAUCCACGGCGGAAGUACCCCGCUAGGAGUCGGGAGUUCUACACUGAAUGGGACCCAUAUCAAGGAGAUUACUAUGAUCCACAGUACUUUGAGGACCCAAGAGAGUAUCGGGAAUACCGAGCUGAUCCUUAUGAGCAGGACAUUCGCAAAUACAGCUACUUGCAACGGGAACGAGAAAGAGAGAGGGAGCGCUUUGAAACGGAUCGUGGUCGGGAUCACGGAAGGAGGACCAUAGAGCGUAGCCAAAGCCCGUCUCACAUCUCCAGUCGCCGUCCCGUCAGCCCCACAGCGUCGCCAUCACUCUCUGAGAGAAUACCAAGUGAUUCAGACCGGCGGAUUUGUUGCCGAUCCUCUGACAGAAGUGGCAGCUGCAGUUCCGUCUCCCCUCCCAGAUUUGAAAAACUGGAAAAGGCGCGCGCCGAAAGAUAUAACAAAACCGAUAAACUUGAAAAGGAUCGCGUUUUUGAAAUUGAAAGAGCAAGUCUGGUUGAAAAGGAGAAGAGAACAGGACGAAAGGAGCGAGGGGAUAAAGAAAAAAGUGAGAAGCAAAGACUUAAGAAGCUUAAAGUCACAUCGCCGACGAUACAGACAUUGGAAAUAGAACCAGAACUCGAAAAAGAUGUUAGCCCCGAGUCUGGACUACGGAGUAAGAUCAGUAAAACAUCAAAGGAAAGCUCCAGCAAAGCAAGGUUAGACCUUCUGCCCUGUGUGGUGCAGUUAACACGUGUUAAAGAAAAAGAAGGAAAAUUGAUUGGUCAUGCUGUCCAAGAAAAGCAAACAUUGAGGGCUGGCAGCGACAGUCCUAAAUUGGCAUCGCCUGGAGCUGACCAGAGAAGUCCUUCAUUCCGCUCAGAAACAUCCAAAGGUGACAAGCAUGGGAAAAUGCCAAGAGAAAAAAGUAUACACAGCUUAGUAGAGGUCGCCGAAAAGGAUGGUAAAAUCAAACCCAAAAAACACGGAAAAUCAGAGUUUGGAUUUGAGAACAACAUUUCUCUGGAUGUUGAUCGUUUAGCUGCAAGAAAAAGGCGUUUUGAAGAAUCUGGGAGAACCGAUCGACAAAGGAGAUCUAAUGAAGAGGACACUGGUAAGGCUGGACUUUACAAACUGUGGAACAAUGCAAAGGAGACAGGAUUGGAGAAAGUCCUUCUGAUAAGAGGGGUACAUAAAAAAGAAUUACACAAAGAUAAAUCUGUGUGUGUGGUGUCAGUGAGCAGUCCUAAAGAUGGGCGGGACUGCGAAGGCAAAUCUGUAGGCCCGCCUCUGGAGGGGCACUCACAUUUUGGGGAGCUGCUUGAAGAAUCUCCGUCACAACAGAACUCGCCCUACCUCAGAAUGGAUUUGGAGGGUUUAAAAAGUGAAAAUGGCUCCAGUCUCACAAAGAUAUCAGAUGAUGGCAGCUUUGAUAUGGAUGAAUUAAAAGAACAGAAACAGAUUUUGGCUGAAAAUGAACAUGGAAGUACAAAGUGCAGAGACUAUGAUGGAGAUGAACAUUGUGUGAACAUUAACCAGUCUAAUGUUUGCACAAAACAAAUUGAGCAAAGUCGAUGGCUGCAAACCAAGCUUAGGGAUUCUGAUAAAAUGGCCAGAUUUGAUCAGUCGCCAAACAAUGAGACUUGUGAUUCGGAAAAAGAUUACAUCCUCCACGAUGUAGGUAAAUUAAAUCAGGACGUUGCCAAUGAUGAGUUCUCUUCUAGUAAACGAAAGAAACUGGAGAACUUUGACCUUGAAGUCCUGAAAGUAAAACGAGAGCAUGACUUUUCAAGUUCCCAGGAAUUUAAUGAAGACACCUAUGGCAUGUCGUCUUCCAUAGGAGGUGGUCAGUCUUCAGAAAACGAGGAUGAUGAGACUGCUCGCAUUUCUCUGUCCGUUACAAAAAAGGAACAAAAACGCUCUCCCAUGGCAGAUGAAAGCUAUUUACGCCCAGAAUCAUUAAAAAAUCAUUUCAGGCUGAAAACCAGAAAAUUCCAGUCUUCUAACAAUAUGCUCCCAAAAUUAAAAACAUCCUUGCUUGGAUUUGAUGAUGAAGUAAUGCAACAUUGGGAAAGGAGAAUAAAGUCAGAUUCUCUUAGAAUGGAAAUGACAUUCCCAGGUGAUACUCUAAAGCGGGAAAAUAUCUGUAAACGCCUUAGCCAGGAUUUGGAACCAGGAGAGUUGCAAUCGGAUUCAGACGACGACGGAGACAACAAACACAUUUCUCCCAAAUCAAGCAGCUCUUUGUCCUAUAUUCUCAGGGAUCGUGAUGAGCGAAUGACAGACCUCAAGCUUACAGCCUCUUUGGAAAAGAAUAAAUUUUACUCGUUUGCAUUAGACAAAACAAUAACUCCUGACACAAAAGCACUCCUUGAAAGAGCCAAGACUUUGUAUUCCUCAAGGGAAGAUAAUUGGUCUUUUCUCCCCUCACGCUUUCCGGUGUCUCAUAGUUGCUCUGAAAAGGACAAGGCAGUGCUAGCGCCUCGACCUAUUCCUUCUUGGUACAUGAAAAAGAAGAAGAUCCGUACUGAUUCUGUAGAAAAGUUGCACGACAAAAAGGAGGAACUCAAGCCACAGGACCAGGAACGUCAGGAAUUAUUUGCCUCUCGCUUCUUGCACAGCUCCAUCUUUGAGCAGGACUCACGCCGACUGCAGCGCCUUGAACGUAAAGACCAAGAUUUAGAAACCGGAAGCGGUAGCCCUUUUACCAAGGCUGGUGCUAUAGAGACACAUUCAGAAACCGGAGGAGCUGGUGUUUCCACAGAGCCCAUAGUGCUUUUCCAUAGUCGAUUUUUGGAGCUUCAGCAACAAAAAGAUAAGGACCAUCCCCCAACUGACUCUGAAAGUGACCUAGUGGUAAUGGAGAUUAAAAGAGAUGAAACUCUGAGUUGUGAUAAUGUGACGUCUGAUAAGGAACCUGAGCCUCCUCUGAAGGCUAGUGACAAAUCACCUAGCCCCCCUAUAACUGUAAAAAUGUCAUUUCUCCCUUCCCCCAAAGAAACAUGCCUAACAGAGAAGAAGGAGGUUUUAACUCCAUCCACAGAUCAGUCAGUGCCAUUUGUCAAAGAAGAAAAAGUUGAGCCAGCGCCCGAGUUAUGUCCAUCUCAUUCUCCUCCUGUAGAAAACAUCAGAUCAGCUGCUCCUGAAGUAACCGUAACCCCUACACUUGCCAUUUCUGAAUCAGAAACCAAAACUGAAACAAAAGCAGAGUUAAUUGAACCCAAAACGGAAGGUGAUAAUAGUUUGGUGGUUGAACAACAUGUCGUGGAAGCUAAGCCUCACACACCUGUUGUUUCCCCAAGUGCCUUUGAAAAAGAGACAAUGGAAUUUGUUUACUCUGAUUGUUCAAAGGUAGAAAACAACUUGGAAGGGAGUAAGUCAGAGACUGAAACUGAAAACCAGGUGACAGAAAGCUUUGAGGACUCCAAGAAAAUUGAGACUGAUAGUGAGGCAGGUAUGCCGGAGCUAGUGGCGGAGGUGAAACGAUUACCUGCUCGCAGACAACCCAAGGGUAAAAGGGCAAAAACCCCCGCUGUAAUACGUAGGACACAACCAGCCAACAUCAGCAAGGAAAAACCUGCGACGCGGAAAAGUGAACGGAUUGACCGAGAGAAACUCAAAAGGGCAUCAUCACCCAGAGCAGAAGCUCCUAAAUUAUUGUGUGAAUCUAAAACCACAUCGAAGUCUCCCGUACACGCAUCAGAUUCAGAGCAAAACCUUGAGUCGAGUUUAAUUGUUGGGAGAACACGACGAAGGAAUGUGAGGUCUGUCUAUGCCACUCUACAUGAUGAUGAACAAGCUGGAAAAGAAACAAUAGAGUCACCACGCUGCAUGCGGAAACGAGGGGCUGACAAAGACCAAACACACCAAGAGGUUCAAAUUUCUACCAAUACCAGGCGUGGGCGCCCUCCCAAGAGAGGUGUCAAACGAGUUGCAGAUUUAUCACCAGUGAAAGGGGAUCAGAAGAAAACAGUGGAGGCAGACACAGAGCCUGGAGAGGCAUCGAAUACUGCAGAAGCUGUGAAAGCCUCUGAGGGAUGGCGUUCACCUCGUAUACAAAAACUCCAACAAACUCCGCUAACAUCCUCUACUCCAAACAGAAGAGUGAGUAGAAUAGACAAAUCAUCUGGGAUCAAAUUAGUUUCAGCCGAACAAGCCAAUCAGUCAAGCAAUGAUGAAUUAGAGCUGAAGCCCAAAGCUAGCUCAGAACCAGUUGGCAAGCCAUCAGACAUUGCAGAAAACCCAAGCUCGCCAGUGCUCAGAAAAGAAAAAGAUUCAAAAGAUCCUGUAGAAAAAAUAUCUAUAGAUCCAGAUGUCGAGAACAAAGCCACCAGCUCCUCUGAGAGGGGAAAACAGUCUGAAAAGAAUGUAAAAAUUAAAACACCAAGGUUGAAACGGAAUACUAAACAGUUACCUGAAGACAAAUCACACAGUCUGAAAAAUCUAGAAAUCCGUGUUAGCGUUGAUGACGUAAAAGGUUUACUUCGCUCUGAGGAUCUUGAGUCGGAUACCUUUGCAGCUAAUCUUACAAAAGGCAAGGCUGAAGUACAAGAGAAUGAGGAAGCACAGGCAAAGGACUUCACAAAAGACACCAAAGAGAUUAGCACACAAGAAAAUGAGGACACACUAUCAGAAUCUGAACCUCCCGCUGAUCCAACUGCUGUUCUUUUAGCACAACAGAUGGAACUGGAGCAGGCAGUUGAAAAUAUUGCCAAACUUACAGCCGACCAGCCUCAGAGACCUUAUAAAGAACCACCUUCUGGGCAACCUACUCCACUGCCCCCAGUCAUAGUUGAACCUGAAGUUGAAGAGGAGAAGCGAGCAAAUCCUGCAAGUGAAACAGAACUUGCCGCUGCUAUUGAUUCCAUAACAGCCGAAGAAACCUGUGGGGAUGCAGAAAGCUUCACACCGGCUCCUACUUACUCUGCUCUUAUUCCAACCCCUGAAUCUGUAAUCUCCUCCUCGUCCUCCUCCAAUGACAUCAUGGAACCGGAAACACACAUGGCAAUUAACAAUAUUCUUGCUGGAGACUUAGAUGAUGACUCUCAAACCUCAAGCCCAAAAGCGUCAAUGUCGGCGUUAAAGACAUCUGAAGAACCAAUUCUUCUUGAUACACCUAAGAAGACAACUAAAGUUAGAGCCAGAACCCCAAAGAAGUCAAGAAGUCGUAAAGGUUCAGCUAGCAAAAAGGGGGAGACUGCUGAUGAAGUCUCUCAGUCAGAGCCAUCGCCCCUAAAGCUACCCGACUCAAUCCCAGAAGAUCCAGAAACAACUGACUCAAAAGCAGUGACUGUUACAGCUGGAGUCUCGUCAGUGACUUCUGUGGUCACUGCCGUGGCAACUUGUAGACGUGAUGUCACAAGCGCUAUAACUGUAGACAACCCCAAAGAGGCAGAGCAGCCUGAAGUGGAACAGCCUGUUCCCAGGGAAUCAGCCUUUCAUUUAGGCAAAAGCAACAGCUCUGCUUCUAAAAAGCCUCCCCAAAAGACAGAAUCAAGUACCCCUACCUUCAGCCCUGCUAAUUCAUUACCAGUUUCCCAGCUUAGUGUACCCCUGUUGCGCCCUGCCAAAACGCCUCUUUCUCCUGACUGGCCUCAGCGAUCAGAAGAAAGCAGAAUCUAUGUUAAUCCAUCCUGUCACGUCACAGUAGUGACUCCCUCCAAACCGCCAUCAACUGCACUAGUAACCCCUUCAGCAAAUCCCCCAAUGCCCCCUGACACAAAGGCCUCCGACAUUGAUCCUAGUUCCAGCACCUUGAGAAAAAUAUUAAUGGAGCCCAAAUAUGUGUCUGCAUCAAAUAGUAACUCUAUAACUACUACAAUGGUAACGUCUGCUAUAUCGGAUCAUUCAAGGAUGUCAGAGAAUGAAAAUCCCACUGAUGCACUUGGUUCGAGACAGUUGCAUCCUGAACAUAGGCCACCUCUACCACCCAAGUCAUUGCACCAUAAGCCAUCCCCACUCACAGAAUCCCAACAGAAUUGUGGGGAAAAGAAGCCACAUACGAUCAUGUCUCCUACUACCUCAGUAAUAAGUAGAAUUCCAAUGCCUUAUGACACAGAAGAAACGCCCCGAAUUUCCCUCAGCAAUCGAAACACUGGCCUGACCAUUCCUAAGCAAAGAUUUAGAUCAAACUCCAAUGAGAAUAACCGCUGCCAUACCGUGGAGAUGGCAGAGGAUGUUUCUAGAGGGCGCUCUGUUGUUGAGCCUACUCCCUACCAUACAGGUUCUAGUCCUGGCCUGAGGGUGAACACAUCAGAAGGAGUCGUAGUUCUGAGUUAUUCUGGACAGAAAACAGAGGGGCCGCACAGGAUGAGAGCCAAGAUUAGUCAGAUUCCUCCAGGUGAUGUAGAGUUUCAACAAUCUGUGUCCAAAUCGCAACUAAAGCAAGACCCCGUGAUUUCAUCAUCUCAGUCGCCCAAUCCCAAAGUUCCUUCAGCUCCAACUGGGUAUGGGCACGCAGGAGUCCUUUUGACCAAUCAGUCCUACAAUUCCCAACCUGUCAUUUCCAGUAUCAAGCAAGAGGGUCUUGUAUGUGACAAAUCUGAAACGCCCUAUCAUACAACAUCAUCGGGUGUGGUGAAAAUGUUCCAGCCGCCGGUUAGUUCCCCUCAAGUUUUGAUGUACAAUCAAGCUGUAAUUCAGCAGCAGCUUGGCAAAAGAGGACUGGUGACAGAGGCAUUGACAAAGAAGAUGGACAUUAGCAAAGCUGUUCAGCAUUCUAACCUGAGCCCGGUCAUGAGUCCACACCACCCAUCACACCACCCAUCUAUCCCUGGAACACGCAUGAGUCCUGGCCCCGGCAACGCAAAUGAUCGGUCCGCUUUACACCUCAAGCAAGAACCCCAUUCUCCACGAACAGCUGGUCACUCCCCUUCACCCUUUGUCAAAAGUUGUCCAUCAAGCAGCUCUCCUAUUGGAACUUCUGUGGUUUUAAGUCAAGGUAUGCCAGCGCUGUCUACAUACCCUUCCAGCAUGCAUCACUCCCACCCAGAACAGUCCUCUGUCAUAAUGCAGCCUCACAGUGUCACUCAGUCAUUGGCCCAUGACGUCAGAAUGAACAACCCUCCUAUGCCAAACUAUGGAAGGCGAGGAGACUGCCUGCCUUCGCCACACCCAGGAUCUACAAAAAGCUCAAAUACACCACAGCCUAAUGUCAUUCGAGAUAUGGUUUUGCAGUCUCAUUCAAGUCCCCAAAGAUCGAUGUCCGGUGGCAGUGGAAGCAGUGUAAGUGAAGAAGAGCCAAGACACUUUACCCAAGCUCACAGUAGACCUUCAGUUUCCAAUCUCCAAUCGGAUGUAAUGGUGGUUCACAGUGACCACAGAGGGCUCCACCCAGGCAUUCGCAUGGACCAAUACAGAGAGAUUCACCAGCGCAUACUCAUGCACCAGCAGCUAGGAGAACAGGCAUCUGUAGAAGCAAGGCAGUCCCGCAACUCGGAAACUGCAAUAACAUCUUCAACAAAUAUCUCUGGACCUUCAAGAAGUCCUAUACUGGUAAAGAGCAUUGACUUUUCAGCAAAAGAGCCUCUCAAAUCACCAGAAGGAAAGCUAAUGCAUUUGAGCCCCAAUGAAAGUAGAAUUAGAGGAGUCCACGCAUCUAGCCCUGUUUUAAUGUCUUCUCACCCUCAUGGAGUUCAGCUAAUGCAUCCAGGAGGAGCAAGCUCCUUCCCAGUAUAUCGAGAAAUGCGGGGCUUCCCGUCCAAGUUUCCAGGACACAAUCUGGCUAACCAAGGCAUUUCUUCUACACAGAUCCCAGCAGAGCAUGAGCUGGGAAACAGAGGAAAAGUACCUCAGUCCCACGGGGGAGGAAGUGAUUCCACACCUGAAAGCCCUCAUCUUCGUCACACAGCCUCUUCUGAGCUGUCACACAUUUCCCGAAUAUCAGGAGAAACGGUGUCUCCAUCAUACCAGUCCCCCUUAAUGUCACCAAUGGGUCUCACUCCCAAACCAGAUCUGUCUCUACAGAAAGGCCCUCGCACCUUCCUCCUCACUCCUCCGCCAACAGUACCCCCAUCAAGUUCACAACAGCCACGACACGAUACCAAGCUAGAACAUUCCCUACAUCGGUCAAUCGACAUGGUGCAGCUUUUGAAAAAAUAUCCUAUAGUUUGGCAAGGCCUCCUGGCGCUGAAGAACGACCAGGCGGCUGUCCAGUUACACUUUGUGUCUGGAAACACCGUGCUGGCCCAGCGCUCCCUUCCACCCCCAGAGGGAGGUUCUCUUCUCCGCAUUGUCCAGAGGAUGAGACUCGAGGCUUCCCAGUUGGACAGUGUGGCACGCAGAAUGACUAUGGAAAAUGACUACUGUUUGCUCCUGGCUCUACCUUGUGGUCGAGACCAAGAAGAUGUCCUUGGUCAAACCCAAGCUUUGAAAAGUGGCUUCAUCACCUACCUGCAAGCCAAACAGGCAGCUGGCAUCAUCAAUGUGCCCAACCCUGGCUCUAAUCAGGCAGCUUAUGUGGUGCAAAUAUUCCCACCGUGUGAAUUCUCGGAGAGCCACCUCUCGCGCCUGGCUCCGGACCUUCUCAACAGCAUCUCCAGCAUUUCCCCUCACCUCAUGAUUGUUAUAGCCUCUGUUUAAUUACCUCUGUUUUUUUUAAAAACAAUGCCAACACCAGCCCUUUUGGAUUGAACCAGUUUUGGAAACUGGAAAUGUCUCAUCUUCAUGAGUUUGACCUGAAAGGAAAAAAAAACAAAAAAAACAAUUGUUUUUCUUGGACUCAAGUUUUCUCCUUCACUUCACCAAGUCCUUAAAUCACCCAGUGAUGAUGAAUUCCAAAAACUAGACCUUUUUUUAAAUAGGAUGCAAAGGGUUGAACAGCGAUUUUUGAUGAUCAUUUUGGAUUACAGCUUUCCAUUUUCUUUGCCAUUUUUUGGACCUGUUCUGCAUAGCCUUUUGUAAUUCAUACCAUACAUAAAGCUGUGGAUGGAGACCUACAAAUAGGUUUUUUUUACCUUCAUAAAAGUGAUUGUGAUUGUUUUUUUUGUUUCAUUUUCUUUUCAAACUUGAGAAUCCAUUGCACUAUGUUGACAAAACUUUAUGAACUGUGUACAUAUUUGUGCAUAAAUUGAUCCAUGUUAUGAAUUUAUUCCAGUUGUCAGUCUUUCUCGUGCUAGAGCAAAGAAAGUUAUUGCCUACAGAAUGAAGGAAAAUCUUCUCGGCUUCAUCAACCACAACGCUUUCCCUCCUUCACCUUCUGCAAGUUUCUGUGACAUUUCGAAACUUAAGUUUCCAUCACAAUGUGUUCCCUGCCCCAAGGAACUCAGAUGGGACCCGUAGAGUUGUAUAUUUUACACGCAAUGCCUCAAUAGGGGACAGUAAAAAGACUUAUUUAAUUAUUUUCUUUUCAUUUGCAUCUUCUGUAAGCCUAAGGGUAUUGUGGACAAUUGUGAAACUGUAGAUAUUGUAAAUAUUUAAAGACUGAAGCGAAA